UGGUAUUGCAAGUUUGCAACUCCACCUGGACAGGAAAAGAGAGAGAAGCUAAUUGGGGUUGGGUUAGCUUCUUUCUGGCCUGACUGAUCGCCCCCCCUCCAUUUUUUUUCUUCUGUUUACUUCCCCCCUUCGUUUUCUUUGUUUCCUCCUUCAUUUCCAACCAGCAGUUUUGGAGGUCUUUGGGUGGGCGGCAGUGUUGGCGGUGCCAAUUUUCUUGGCAUCACAUACUGUAACAUUUUCUCUUCUUCCUUUUAUAUUUCUCUCUCUCUUUUUCUUUUCCGUCCUAAAUGGCUCUCGUCCCUGCUGAUGAUGUUCUUUCCCUCGUCAAUGCCACCGCCGUAGCCAUUGAUAAAGACAAGAACAGCCAACAAGCUGUCCGCUGGGCUAUUGAUCAUCUUAUCAUCAACAACCCAGUUAUCAUUCUUGUUCACGUUAGACACAAGAACCAUCAAUAUAAUGGAGCUAAUGGGAAUGAUCCUGAGUCCGACGAGGUGCAACAGCUUUUUAUUCCCUUUCGAGGAUAUUGUGCUCGAAAAGGGGUUCAAUUAAGGGAGGUAGUACUUGAUGAUAGUGAUGUUGCAAGAGCACUCUUAGACUACAUCAGCAAACACUAUAUUGGAAGUAUUGCUGUUGGCGCUUCAACAAGAAAUGCUCUUACCAGUUUCUGGUUGGACAGGAAAUUCAAAAACCAAGAUGUGCCAACUAGCUUAGUUAAAUCUGCACCAGAUUUUUGUUCUGUUUACGUGAUUUCCAAAGGAAAGAUUGUCUCUGCGCGAACAGCACAACGGCCUGCUGCUAAUCCUCCCAUUCCACCAAAGUCACCUCCACUAGCACUUCCUGCUCCAAAUCAUCAUGAUCAUUCAGAACAUGAAGAUGGGACUAGAGGUGGAAAAGGAUAUUUGAGAAAUACAGGAUCAGACAAACAUCAUCAUGAAAAAACCAAUGACUCUUUUAGAGCGCAAUUACGAGAAAGAAACAGAACUCCAUCCAAUCUCUCUCUGGACAGCAUUGAUAUCUCUUUUCCAGGGACAGGAACAGCACCAAGAAUGUCAAUUGGUCGCGAUUCUACAUCUGAAGAUUCUGAGUUUUCAGGGUCAUACAUAUUGGGAUCAUCUGACGGAGCAUCCCAAAUAUCUUCUGCAGACUUUUCCAUGGGUUCUCACAACGAUGGAUAUUUACAAAAUGCACGAGAAUUAGAAGCUGAGAUGAGAAGACUCAAGCUUGAACUUAAACAGACCAUAGACAUGUAUAGCACAGCUUGCAGAGAAGCACUCAAUGCCAAAAAGAAGGCUAAUGAGCUUCAUCAAUGGAAAAUGGAGGAGGCUCGUAGAUUUGAGGAAGCUAGGAAUGCAGAAGAGGCAGCUCUUGCCAUUGCAGAGAUAGAGAAGGCUAAGUGCAAAGCUGCUAUGGAAGCAGCUGACAAAGCACAGAGGCUGGCAGAGAUGGAGGCACAAAAAAGAAAAUAUGCAGAGAUGAAAGCCAAGCGAGAGGCAGAAGAGAAGAAACGUGCACUGAAUGCUUUGGCGCAUGAUGUGCGGUACAGAAAGUACACUAUUGAAGAAAUAGAAGCAUCCACAGAAAAAUUUUCACAGUCCAAUAAAAUUGGCGAAGGUGGAUAUGGACCUGUUUAUAAAGGCAAACUUGAUCAUACACCAGUUGCCAUCAAGGUUUUAAGACCUGAUGCUGCUCAAGGAAAGAAACAAUUCCAACAAGAGGUUGAGGUUCUGAGUUGCAUUAGACACCCAAACAUGGUACUUCUUCUUGGUGCCUGUCCAGAGUAUGGAUGCUUAGUAUAUGAAUACAUGGAAAAUGGAAGCUUGGAAGAUAGGCUGCUUCGAAGAGAAAACACCCCUCCAAUUUCAUGGAGACGACGAUUCAAAAUAGCUUCUGAAAUUGCAACUGCACUUUUAUUCCUCCACCAAGCAAAGCCUGAGCCCCUUGUCCAUCGGGACCUUAAACCGGCUAACAUUCUCUUGGACCGCAACUAUGUGAGCAAGAUUAGUGAUGUUGGCCUGGCACGGUUAGUACCACAAUCUGUAGCUGAUAGUGUCACACAAUAUCACAUGACCUCAGCUGCGGGUACAUUUUGUUACAUAGAUCCUGAAUAUCAGCAGACAGGAAUGUUGACUACAAGAUCGGAUAUAUACUCAUUUGGAAUAAUGUUGCUUCAAAUUAUCACUGCCAAACCUCCAAUGGGUCUUGCACACCGGGUGGGGAAAGCCAUCGAAAAAGGAACAUUCGAAGAGAUGCUUGACCCUGCAGUGUCAGACUGGCCUGUAGAAGAGGCUUUAUCUUUUGCUAAAAUGGCAUUGAAAUGUGCUGAGUUAAGAAAGAAGGACAGGCCAAGUCUUGCCACUGAUAUAGUUCCAGAGCUUAACCGAUUGAGAGACCUUGGAAGGAACAGUGAUCACCACAGCGGCAGCAGAACUGAUCAUGGACAUCAUGGACGUCAUGGACACGGCAGUAGAAGUCGUAGCCGCAGCCCUCUAACACAUUCUAAUCCAACUAAUUCAUAUCAAAGGGUAUCAAACCCAAUUCAGAGAGAAGGUGAAAUUUAAAGAAGUUGAGGACAUACUUACAGACCAAUGCUGGAAAGCUCCUGGCUGAUACACGAAAGUAUGAAAGUGCUUAUAAACAAGACGAAGAGGAAGCUGAAGGAUGCUGUCGAUCAGUUUAAGUCCUAGUCUGUUAUUAAAAAACAAUGUAAAACAAGUUGUACAUCAGAAGCAAUUUAAAACAAGAACUAUAUAUCUUCGAACUCUUUUCAGUUCUUGUGAAAA